AUGGACAAAGAUUGCGACAUGGUAUAUAAGAAUGUUUCUGACAUAUAUAAAUCUGAAGAAUUUAAGACAUACGACAACUUUGUUUCAUUAGUUGCAAAAUGUGUUUGGGAAAUAAGAGAUAAAGAUAGAAGAGGCAAAGUAUGGAACGAACAAAUAAGACCCGCUAUGUUUGAGAUGAAGAGAGCAAUUGACGCCUUAGUUGUUCUAGCAGGUCAAAUUUCAAUGUAUAACGCAAAAAUGAACCCGCAAUGUUCUAAAUGUAAAGCAGCAAUAAGAAAAUAUAACUACUCAGUCAAAGAGAUAGAAAGAAUGAGAAACGACUAUGCAGACUUAAAGAAAGAAGCAGAAAAGCCAGCAGAAGAUAAAAUGAACAUGUUAGAAUUUCUGAACAAAAACUAUCCAACAGCAGAAGAUUUCCUUCUAUCUGACGUCAAGAAGAAGUAUAAAGAAACCUUCGGUAUUGUUAAAACUUUUGACAUACUGACAGAAGAAAUAGAAGCUACGAAAUUGUUUAGGAUUUCAAAUAUACAUCGUACAAUUCAUGUAAAACGCUUGUGA